AUGGCGUGGUACGUGGGCAGAGUGCUGGCGUGGCUGGGGCUGGCGGGCCUCGUGCUCGCGCUGGCACUGCAGCACGCGGCAGUGCACGAGUUCUUCUUUCGAUCCGAGGUGGUGGAGGCCGACGAGGACGUGACCCUCUUCCCUACCAUCGCUCGAUUCGUCUACGACCCUUCCUCUCCGCCUUCCACUGCUUCUUCAUCCUCCUCCUCUCGAUCUCACCUCAAAUCGAAGCUCUACAAAAAAUCUGCAAACUCGGAAAAAAUCGCCAACGACAUGGUUGAUCCUGCCGAGGGAGCUGUAGGGCAGACCGAAGCUGCUGCCGAUCUUACCUCCAACUCCUAUCUUGAUGAGUGCGAGCGUCUAUUCGUGAGAGCGGGCAUCCACGGCUGUAUCUACGAAGAGGAAGCUGGCGACUACUUCAACUGGGCGCUGAUGAAGCUGGCCGGCCUCCUGGCCCAUCGCUACGACUACACCGACGCGCUCGAGAAUCCGCUGUUCCGACACCGGCUGAGCCGCUUCCUGGUCGACAACGAGGGCAGCAAGCGCGUGACCGUCUACUUUCCGCUCACCAACGGCAGCUUCGCGAGGUACCCGCUGUCGAGGCUGUCCGCGACCAACGGCCACUUCGAGGACCAGAUCGUGCUCGACGUCGGAUGCGCCGGCUCCGAAGGCCAGCAACAAGAUGAUGGUCGCGGCGUGCCCGUUAUCGAAGACUUUGAUGGACUCAAGCGGAUAAGGUACUUUGUGCUCUCGCAGGACAACCGGACCUUCCACGGCCAUUCCUUCCUUGUCGAGGAGGAGGGCAUCAGCUUCAUCUCCGACAUCGAUGACACAAUCAAAGUGACCGGCGUGACCAAUGGCAACGUGCUCUUUGAGAACACGAUGCUCAACGAGUUUGCGUUCGUGAAGGGCAUGAACCACCUCUACAACCACUGGAAGACCAAGUACACCCAAUUGGGCCACCACGUGCAAUUCCAUUACGUGUCCGGCGGGCCGUGGCAGUUCUAUCCGGUGCUGCAGGAGUUUCUCCACAGCGCAGAGGCGUCCUUUCCCGAGGGCACAUGGCACCUUAAUCAAAUCUUCCGCGACCUGGCAAGCUUCAUGACCUUCAUUCGAUCGCCGCUCAUCUUCAAGGUCGAGGUCAUCAAGCCGCUCAUUGCGUCCUUCCCGCACCGCAAGUUCGUCCUUGUGGGCGACGACGGUCAGCAGGAUCCCGAGGUCUAUGCUGAGAUCGCCCAGGAGUUCCCUGAUCAGGUGCUGCACAUCUUCAUUCACCACGUCAACGGAACCAACGAGGCCGACGGGGUGACGUCGUACAGCGUGGCCGAACCAGGGCUGCAGAGAUGUCAGAAGGCGUUUGCCCACUUGCCCGCAAACAAGUGGACCCUCUUCUCCGACGCCCAGCUCGACACACUCGACGACCAGGAGUUUGCCUUGUGA